UCACUGGUAACGGUUGUGACGAAGCGAAAGGUUCCACAAAUUUAUAAGAGUUUUUUUACAAUUGUAGAGAACAACAUGUGCGAAUGUAUCAAACAUUAAAAUUGCUAAUUCAGUUCUAAAACUUUCCAAAUUUUUAAGUAUUAAGAAAAACCAUAAAUCAAAUAACAAAUACCUAAAAGUGGCUAAUCAAAUGGCAGGACCAUUUCUGUCACCGCUUCCCGGCGACCUCUUAUCGGAAUAUAUGUUUGGACGACGUCGUCAGAGAAGAAAUCGCACAACAUUCACGCCACAACAAUUACAAGAGCUGGAAGCUUUAUUUCAAAAGACUCACUAUCCGGAUGUGUUUUUGCGAGAAGAAGUCGCGUUGCGAAUUACAUUAAGUGAGGCUAGAGUGCAGGUUUGGUUUCAAAAUCGGAGAGCAAAGUGGCGAAAACAGGCCCGCUUACAAUUGUUGCAAGAUGCUUGGCGUAUGCGUUGCUUAGGACUGUCUAACUCCCCACUUGUCAUGAGUGGACGAUCGUCCGGACCACCGGAACAGACAACAACGAAUUCACAUCAAACACCAGAAGCCAUCGAAAAGACAUCCAAUUCACAUAAAGAAACUUUUACGUUGAUGCAUCCUGCGUUCCAGAUGAAUCCCAAACAAGACAAAACCAAUUGCAAUAGUGGCGAUCGUUCGCAGUACGUUGACGAUCACCUUCACAAACAAGUGUUGGAAUCGUCUAGAAUUCUACACGGCGAAAAUAUUGAACAUGACGAAAGUGACGGUUCGGAAUCGGAAGAGAUUGAUUUAACAUCGAACGGUUGCAUUGACUUUUCCAAUAAUAAUAAAAGUUAAGCGACGA